AGAUUUUUGAAACAAAUAGCAUUAUCUAAGCUAAGCGAUGGAAGCCCUAUCUCAGUGGUUUUGGAACGACUGGUUUUGGUUACCACGUGGUACAAGUUUCGCGAGUUUACGCGAAACAGAAGGACGAUACGCCCAACCACGUGACCUAGUGGCCCUCCUUAUUUGGGGAGGAAUAAUUUGUGUCAUCAGGAAAGUUUUCGAGCUUUGUUUAAAUGAAAGAAUCGCUAAAAUGAUGGGUGUGAAGAACAAGCGGGAAAAACCGAAACACGUGCCCAUUCUGGAAGCUCAUUUCACUGUGACGUCACAACCGAGUGAUUCUAAAAUCGCGGAGUUGGCAAAGAAGGUUGAUACGUCACAAAGGGAAGUUGAACGAUGGUUUCGGAAGCGACGAAACUUCGAGAAGCCGGAUAUGGUUAAGAAGUUGGGUGAAGCUGCGUGGAGGUUCGUGUUCUACUUGUUCAUCUUCGCGUUUGGCGGAGUAACACUGUACGAUGCACCAUGGUUGUGGGAUACAGAGCAUUGCUGGAUUGGUUAUCCACAAACUAUAUGGCCGUCUGUAUAUUAUUACUACAUGUUUGAGGGUGGUUUCUAUAUCUCAUUGUUACUGACUGUUACUACAGAUGUAAGAAGAAAAGACUUCUAUGAACAGAUAAUCCACCAUAUCGCUACAAUAGCUUUAAUUUCAUUCUCCUAUAUUUCAAACUUCGUCCGCAUCGGUUCCCUAAUAUUAAUCAUCCACGAUUCUGCCGAUGUUUUCCUAGAACUCGCCAAAUGCUUUAUGUACGCCAAGAAAGAUAAAUGGGCAGAUAGAUUUUUCGCUUUGUUUGUGACAUCAUUCUUGUUCACCCGUUUGUUCCUCUACCCCGUGUUUGCGCUGUAUCCUUCAUUUGUGAAACUGCGUCGCCGCAUCGACCCGUGGCCCGCUUAUAUCAUAAUGACAUGCUUUGCCACUAUACUACAAGGUCUCCAUGUGUUCUGGUCGUACUUGAUAAUCAAGAUGGCGGUUCGCGUCCUCGUCACCGGGAAAAAGGCGAAAGACUCGAGAAGUGAUGACGAAGAUGAGAGUGACGUGGAAUAAAACGUCACUGUUACGUCACUCCCUGCCUUGAUACGUCACGGUUUGUUUUUAAUACAUCACUGUGACGUCACAGAAGAGUGACGUGGGUAACUUGCAUAGGAAUAAAAAUCGUUAAUUUUAUGUCGUUUAAAAAUUACAAUAAAAAAUAUUUGUUCUUC